GCCGCGGCGCCGCCUGGAGAUCGUCUUCGUGUCCUCGGACCAGGACCAGCGGCAGUGGCAGGACUUCGUGCGGGACAUGCCGUGGUUGGCGCUGCCCUACAAGGAGAAGCACAGGAAGCUGAAACUUUGGAACAAAUACCGCAUCUCCAACAUUCCAUCACUAAUAUUCCUAGACGCCACCACCGGAAAGGUCGUGUGCAGGAAUGGGCUGCUGGUGAUCCGCGAUGACCCAGAAGGUUUGGAAUUCCCUUGGGGACCUAAACCCUUCAGGGAAGUCAUUGCAGGGCCCUUGCUGAGAAAUAAUGGACAGUCCCUGGAGAGCAGCAGCUUGGAGGGGUCUCACGUGGGAGUCUAUUUCUCCGCACACUGGUGCCCACCCUGCCGAAGCCUCACCCGGGUCCUGGUGGAAUCCUACCGGAAGAUCAAGGAGGCAGGCCAGAAAUUUGAGAUCAUCUUUGUUAGUGCGGACAGGUCCGAGGACUCAUUCAAACAGUACUUCAGUGAGAUGCCCUGGCUUGCCGUCCCGUAUACCGAUGAGGCCCGGCGGUCACGCCUUAACCGGCUGUACGGAAUCCAAGGUAGGCCUUCCUGACUCCAUGGGGCUCCCCGGAGACCUGCCCGUCUGGGCUCACCACAUCUUUGGCUUUUCUUU